AUGCCCUGGCGAUUUAUUGAGGGCGAUCUUAUUGUGAAAGAUCUCAUCGAUACAUACCGUCGUACGUCACCGACAACGAUCGAUAUCGUGAAGAUGAGGUCAGAAUGUGAAGAAGGAGCACGAGAUGGAGCACGAGAAGAAAUGGGUGGAGUCGGCGGCGUGGACGUAGCAGUCAGCGGCGGCGGUGUCUACGAAGAGCUAGGAGAUGACGUCUCGACGCGGGACUGGUUUCGACUGAUGAGGAAACCGCGCUACCAGUACGGCAUUUGCCACAUUAUCGCUUCCGUUUACACGGAUUUACACGGAAUCCACCUCAUCUUCAGCAGUUUGGAAAAAAUCAGACAUUGA